CGACGUCGUUACGGACUGAAGUGCGUCUCUCUGGAGCAGACACCGGCUGAGAGAAACGCAGCAACAACAGAAAGAAAUACAAAUAUUCCAGCUCUUUUCCACUCGGGCCAUCCACGAGCACCGCGCAUCCCUCUCACAACAGUAAAGUCGACCCGCAAACUCGAUGUGGAAGCUGGGCUGAAGGAGGAAAAGGGCCACGCUGGGCAAGGAAACUAGCUGAAAUACCAAACCGAGCUGGUCGGACGAGCCGAGUUGCCUCCCAAGCGACGCUUUUAAAGAAAAAAAAAAGGAAAGGGCGCACAUAUCUAGCCUAAAUUGAGGUGAAAAAUGGACUAUGAUUUUAAAGUGAAGCUGACCGGCGAAAGGGAGCGUGUGGAGGACCUGUUUGAGUACGAGGGAUGCAAAGUGGGAAGAGGCACCUACGGUCAUGUGUACAAGGCGAAGAGAAAAGAUGGGAAGGACGAUAAGGACUACGCCCUCAAGCAGAUUGAAGGCACUGGCAUCUCCAUGUCAGCCUGCAGAGAGAUUGCAUUGCUGCGGGAGCUGAAGCACCCAAAUGUUAUCUCACUGCAGAAGGUUUUUCUGUCACACGCGGACCGUAAAGUAUGGCUACUAUUUGAUUAUGCGGAGCAUGAUCUCUGGCACAUUAUAAAGUUUCACAGAGCAUCCAAGGCCAACAAGAAGCCACUUCAGCUGCCUAGAGGAAUGGUCAAGUCUUUGCUCUACCAGAUUCUGGAUGGCAUCCAUUACCUCCAUGCCAACUGGGUCCUCCACAGAGACCUUAAACCAGCUAACAUUUUAGUGAUGGGAGAAGGGCCUGAGAGGGGUAGAGUAAAGAUUGCGGACAUGGGGUUUGCUCGUCUCUUCAAUUCACCGCUGAAGCCUUUAGCCGAUCUUGACCCUGUGGUAGUCACUUUCUGGUACAGAGCACCUGAACUGCUGCUGGGAGCUCGGCACUACACCAAAGCCAUCGACAUCUGGGCGAUUGGCUGCAUUUUUGCGGAGCUGCUUACGUCUGAACCCAUAUUCCACUGUCGCCAGGAGGACAUUAAGACUAGCAAUCCUUACCACCACGACCAACUGGAUCGCAUCUUUAAUGUCAUGGGCUUCCCUGCUGAUAAAGACUGGGAGGACAUCAAAAAAAUGCCAGAACACUCCACGCUGAUGAAAGACUUUAGAAGGAAUACAUACACAAAUUGCAGCCUUAUAAAGUACAUGGAAAAACAUAAAGUUAAGCCAGACAGUAAAGCAUUCCACUUGCUGCAAAAGCUUUUGACCAUGGACCCCAUCCGUAGAAUCACAUCCGAACAGGCAAUGCAGGACCCCUACUUUUUAGAGGAACCUUUACCCACUUCUGAUGUGUUUGCAGGGUGUCAGAUUCCUUACCCCAAGAGAGAGUUUUUGACAGAGGAGGAGCCAGAGGACAAGGCAGAUAAAAAGAACCAGCAGCAGCAACAGGGAAACAACCACACAAAUGGGGCGGGGCACACUGGCAACCAGGACAACAGCCAUGCCCAGGGUCCUCCUCUGAAAAAAGUACGCGUUGUCCCACCCACCACUACCUCAGGUGGCCUCAUCAUGACCUCAGAGUACCAGCGAUCCAAUCCGCAUGCUGCCUACCAGAACCCUGGACCAAGCACAUCACUGCCCCAAAGCAGCAUGGGAUACUCCUCUACCUCCCAACAGCCACCCCAGUACUCUCACCAGACUCAUCGCUACUGAAGCACAGCCCUUCAACACACACCUGCAUUUCUAGAUACACACACACACAGCCCUCACCAUGCCCACCUGAAUGAAUGUACUGAGGGAUGUGGGGAUGUCCAAGGCAACAACCUUCCCACCAACCACCCUGCCCCGCCCCACAGAGAGCACGUUCUCUGAGACUGUGAUAGGCCUUAGACAGUCUUCACCUGUUCCAGAUAACACACCAAGACCCCAGUAUUAGAGACAUGACAUAGAGCAAAGCCUGAUAGGUGAAACACAAGUUGGGAGGAUGAAAAGAAAGGCCACAUGAUUGAAUCCAAACUGCUUCCAUUACUCAUACUCAAGACUAUGGCUUAGAUUGGAGCACAGACGCUUAUCUGUUUUGUCAUCCCCUCCCCUCGUCUGGUUCACCUGUUUCCUCCUACACCCCAAUCCCAGCCAGUUCACCUCUUCCCGUCAGAGCUUGGAUGAGACUGAAAGCUGCUAUAUGACUGCCAGCGUUGACAGAUUCCCGGUCCGUCUGUCCUCCUGUCCGUCUUUCUGUUUAUUUUGUGUAUAUGGUCCCACGAGGGCAUCAGCUGAGGACUGAACUGAGCUGCUGUGAAGCAUGCUAGGAGGAUGCGGAGCCUCUACAGCUGCAGCGUUGAGGGUUUAUAAGAGGACAAAAAAAAAAGAAUAGUAGUUUAUAAUUUAAUCUGUUUUCAUGUUGUUUUUUUUCUUGGCAAGAGUGGAAUAGCACCUUGCGUGAGUUGAGCACUUAUCAGCUAUAGCUGUGGGUAAGCCUUACAACAUGAUGACACAACCAAUCAGUGGCAUGGAGGAUGGCAGAUGGAACAUGCAUUGUACUGUAUUGUACUGAAAUAUUUUACAUGAAGCAAGUAUCCUGACAAUAAAAAUGAAAACAAUAA